GGGCGGGAAGAGUGAACGGAGCUGGCUGCCGCAGCUAGCGGCUUUAAAUCCCACCGCUGCUCUUUUAAUUCACCUGAGAGCUGGCGCUUGGCAGCCUUUUAAUGAUUCGAACGUUGCGUCUGUAGCGGAUACGCUUCAAACGGAACUUUACGAACGGAUUUUUAUUUUGCAGAUGGAGGAUCCUGCCGCUGAUUCUGGCGGCGGCGACGGUGCAUCAACGAUGGGCCCCGCGGUGCAAGUGUCGGAUAUGUGCUAUACGAUAGGGAUUCUCCCCUGUCGCCUCCUGGAGUGGAAAGUCAAACCGGGAUCUCAUGUCAACGUGGACUCCGUUUUAGCGCUCUGCGUGCCCAUACCCGCGGAGAAGGGGGCAGAGACACCCAGGCUGCCCGAGAGGAAGGUGAAGUCGGACCGCGCGGGGGUAGUCAAGGAGCUGUGCUGUCAACCCGGACAGGUCAUAACUCCUGGGGGUGUCAUUGUCAGAAUAGCAGGAUGCAGCCACCCGAUUGUGAUGAAAGGCUUGUGCGCAGAAUGUGGGCAGGACCUGACUCAGCUGCAGAGCACAAAUGGAAACCAGCAAACUCCCAUCUCCACGGCAACAGUCUCCAUGGUGCACAGUGUACCCGAGUUGAUGGUCAGCUCUGAGCAAGCAGAGCAGCUGGGCCGAGAGGACCAGCAGCGGCUCCACCGCAACAAAAAGCUGGUCCUGAUGGUGGACCUGGACCAGACGCUCAUCCACACCACCGAUCAACACUGCCAGCAGAUGUCCAAUAAGGGCAUUUUUCACUUCCAGCUGGGACGAGGUGAGCCGAUGCUUCACACGCGACUACGGCCGCAUUGCAAGGAAUUCCUGGAGAAAAUUGCCAAACUGUACGAGUUGCACGUCUUCACGUUCGGGAGCCGCCUUUAUGCACACACCAUUGCAGGCUUUCUGGACCCAGAAACAAAGCUGUUCUCCCAUCGUAUCCUGUCCAGAGAUGAAUGCAUCGACCCCUUCUCCAAGACGGGGAAUCUUAGGUAUCUUUUCCCCUGUGGGGACUCGAUGGUGUGCAUCAUCGAUGACCGUGAAGACGUGUGGAAAUUUGCGCCCAACCUCAUCACUGUGAAGAAAUACGUCUAUUUCGAGGGCAUCGGGGACAUUAGCGCGCCGCCAGGCUCGCAAGAAGCUCUGAUGGCCAAGAAAGGAAACCUACCAGGUCGUCCUUCAGAGAGCACAGAAACAUCAGAGACUCUCGGCGCGGAUGAGCAAAACAACGGCCUCAGGAAAAAGCCGGUAAAAGACGGGACCGCGGCAUCCCGCUCUUCUCAGGGCGUCCCGACAAAUGAACGGACGCAUCCCGCCGCGCCGGAUGAGGCAUUGACGGAUAAGCAUUCAGAGGCUGAGGAGGAGGCCGUUGCGAGAAAAACUCACGAGGUUGAUAACCAGGAAAAAAAUAGUAAAGAGGAAAGUAUUAUUAGCAGGACAGGUGAGGUGCAGGACAAUCCAAACUCUUUAACGCCAAACAAUGAGUCCAAUAAUCUGGACUUCGACCUUUCCAGUGACAGCGACAGCGAUUCUGUUAGAGAAAAGCCACCCUCAGUGGACGGUGACAGCGAGGCAAAGAAGUCAGAGCUUGAAGCGGCCUCACAAGACAAUGGCAAUGAAGCAAAAGACGGGAAUAGUGAAGUCCAAAAUUCUGAAUCGGCAGAACCUUCGGAUGUUCUCCUCCCCGAGUUGGGGAACGGCUGCUCGGUCAGGAGGGAACCCGAAACCGAGUCACAGAAUAGCGAACAAUCCGGGGUGACCAUGGGGGAGGAGCUCCUGGACCAGAGCAUGGAGGACGAGGAAGAAGAGGAAGUGGAUAACGACCGGGACGAUCACCUCAUUUAUCUGGAGGAGGUGCUUGAACGGAUCCACGGCGAGUACUACGCCCGCUAUGAGGCUUUCCUGAAGACGGAGGUGCCCGGCACGCCGGACAUUCGCAAGAUCGUCCCCGAGCUGAAAAGCAAGACCUUAGACGGAACGACGAUAGUGUUUAGCGGUUUGUACCCGACCAACUACCCAAUAGAGAGGACUCGUGAGUUCUAUCAUGCCAAGGCACUGGGAGCAAAGAUUGGCAAGAAUUUGGUUCUGGAUUCACAAGAACCCAAUGUGACCACACACCUCAUUGCAGCAAAAUCUGGCACGGAGAAGGUCCGUCAGGCACUGGGCUGCCAGCACCUCCACGUGGUCAACCCCGACUGGCUGUGGAGUUGUCUGGAGCGCUGGGAAAGGGUGGAGGAGCAGCUGUUCCCGCUAAAGGAGGACUACUCCAAGCAGGCAUGGAGCAACAGCCCGGCGGCUUUCCUUGACAAGCAGAGCUCCCGGAACAAGUCUAUUUUCCGAAAUCCGCCCCCAAUCCAGCACAGACCUCCUCCGGCACCCCCUGAAGUUCGAACCUACGACCCUGUCACUGGGAAGCUGAUUCGCAAGGCCCCUCAGGUGUCUCCUUACCUCCAGGCGUCUGAUCAACAAGAGCAGUCGUGUCUCAGGGGAGCGCCGAAUAGUCAGCAAGAUGUGGCAGUAGACCCCAGCCAGGAUGACGAGUCGCUCGAGCCGUCGCAUCGGAAGUGUCAGCCGAGCAUGUCAGAAACGAUGCCGUUGUACACUCUUUGCAAGGAGGACCUCGAGAGCAUGGAUAAAGAGGUGGACGACAUCCUGGGCGAGGAGAGCGACAACGAGAGCGAAGGCCGAGGGAAGGAGAAAGCUGCUCACGAGGAGGCGGAGGACGAGGAGGAGCAGCAGCGGAAGGAAGAGCAGCAGCACCAACAAGGAGCUGGACCACUGACAGGAGGGGUGCUGGGUCCUCAGAUGCUUCGAGCGGAGGACCCGGUCCAGACGACAUCUGACGGGGCCAGUCUGCUGGCCACUGUGUCCAGGAAACGAAAGCACGACGACGUCGCCGAGGAAGACGACAAGGACGGCGAGUCCUCCAAAGAGUCCAACGAUGAGGAGGAGGAGGAGGAAGAAGAGGAGGAGGGAAGUUCCUCAGAGGCGGACGAGAUGGCCGCCGCUUUGGAGGCGGAGCUCAAUGACUUUAUGUGAAGUGGGACACAUCUCGCACACGCACACACACACACCCAUACACACACGCUGUAAUUAAAACAAUGAAUGUCCUGUACAGAAAUGAUGUGUUUUGUAGCAUUAAUAUUCCUGAUAGCCUGUUUUUUUGUUGUUGUUGUUGUUGUUGUUGGUUUUUUGACCCUUUGCUGGGUAUCAAACUAUUUGAUAUUGUUUUAUUAUGAAGAAAAUAAAAUGUAGUAAACAAAUUUGAUACUUUUGAUUUUUUUAUAUUUGUUGGAAGAAAAAGAAGUGGCAAUAAACCUUCCAAAUGUUGUGGCCGCUUAUGCCAAAGAAUUCAGUAGGUUUGCCAAGUUGUGCAGCUAAAUGCUAUGAAUAUUAUUUUAUUAGUGUCACCACAACAACACUGGUCAUCACGUACAUUUGUACAUAGGAUGAUGAUGUUUCUCUAGUGCACUUUGACCCCAGAACUGAACCCCAUCACAUUCAUGUUAUCACCUUAUCUUGACAGCCUUUUCCAACUACUUUGCACUGGAUCCAAUUUUACUUAUGUUGUCAUAUAAAACCACAUUUGACGCCAUCUCAUGCAGCUUGUACAUCUCUAAGUGGGCUCCAAAUUCAUUUUUUUCCUUUUUUUACAUUAAGUGCGUCAUAUUACUGGUAUUUUUCACUUAUUUUCUUCAUGCAUUAAACACUCCUAGCUAUAGGCAAGCCAAUCUUUUUUUUUUUAUUCUUUUUUUUAAAAUUAUUUUAUUUUUCUUCAUGGAAUGUUUUAAGCAUUGUAAUUGUUGACAGCCUAUUCACGCCCAGGUUAUUGGCAGGAUAAAAAUUAUAAAAUAAAAUGAAAAAAUGUGUACAGUGAACCCCCGCAUGUUCGCAGUUCGGCAUUUGCAAAUUUGUCUUCUUGUGGAAUUUUUGGGGAACCUGUCCUCCAUUAUUCGCUUAAGAAAACUCAUAUUACUUUUGUGCUCAGGCCAAUGUUGAUGUGAGUGAAGGAGCUUCAUUUUGUCAGGCCAUAGCUUUGUCUAAAAGAAAAAAAGUUCUUUGCCGCCAUCUUGUGGCAUCUAUAGGCCUUUUUUUUAAUGGGGGUGGGUGUGCAUUACUUGCGGGUUUUCGCUAUUCGUCUAUUACUUGCGUGAAUAUCGGGGGUUUACUGUCUUUUUUAAGGAUUAAAAAUAUGAAGUUGGCCCAAAAUUAAAGUUAAUAUUCAACUUUUUAUCAGUUCAAAGAGGAAGUGGUGCAUCAGUUUAACCACCAUGCGAGUUAAGUUACGCCGGUUUAGGGGUGUUUUCGGCCCGCUUUGUAAUUAAUGACAGACCAUUCUUGUGGAUAUAGAUUAUAAAAAAUAUAUUGUGGUCAAGAUGUGUAUAUUUUUGUUUAUAUAUUUACCAUCUCCUGGCUCCAGGAUUGAAAAUGUCAACAUUUCACCUCCAGUAAUCCCACUGAUCCUUUGUAUUCGUGCUUUUUAAUCAACAUUCUAAUACGUGUUCGAUUUUCCUACUCCAUGCUGACAAAGAAGAUACUUUGACUAAAUAAAGAUGUU